AUGCGUAUCAAGUUAUCGUAUGUGGCUGAUGACGACUCGGUCAAUGACGGAGCAGACCAACCCGCGCAAGAGCAGGUGUCAAGGCUCCCGCUACUCGACUGUGAAUCCCCUCAUCGCGAACCAUGCUGCGAUCCGGAUGAUUCAGUUCCAAACUCUUCUUUGCCCGAUACUGAGCAGUCUCAAAAUCAUGUCGGUAACUCUCACAAGAUCGGCAUCAUUGGUGCUGGGAUAGCAGGUCUUUACAUCGCCAUGAUUCUAGAUGACCUUGCCAUCGCGGAUCUCACUUAUGAAAUUCUUGAGGCUAGUUCUCGAGUAGGUGGGCGACUGUUUACGCACCAUUUCAGCAGUGACAAGCACGACUAUUAUGACGUUGGUGCCAUGAGAUAUCCCAAGGUUCCGCCCAUGCGGAGAGCCUUCCGCUUAUUCCAUGACACAAAGGUUCCACUCAUACCAUACUAUAUAAUGGACAGAGAAAGCUGUCCCAGGUAUUUCAACGGAAGAUUCUCUGCACCUGACGAUGCCGAUCCACAUCACGUCGGUGAGGGCAACGGCGGUUCAGUUCCUGAUUUUGUGGUGGCUCAAUCCCGGGAGCUUCUGGAACGGGAAUAUGCACGCUAUAAGGAGGGUCUGAGGCAAGAUUUUUCGACUGGUAUUGAGGAGCUCUUGAAAUCCGAUGAUGUCAGUACUCGACAGCAUCUCGCUCACGGUGGGUUACGCCGCGCCCGGCCCAAGUACGACUUUUUCAGUAUCCAAUGGCUGGAGAGGCAGAGCACAUACACUGGCUUCUUUGAGAGGGCAUUUUCCGCCAGUGUGCUGAGAUCAUACUUGACCAUUGGGGUUUCGUGGUGGUGCAUUGACGGAGGCUCCGGCGUCCUGAUUGAUGCGAUGCGAAGGCGGAUCCGAAACCAGGUCGAAACCAAGAAACAUGUCACGGCUGUUACGAUGGCUCGAGACAUGUCUGAAGAGAACAACUUGUCAAUCCAUGUCCAAGGCGAAUAUCAGCCUCGUACGGGAUUUAGCACGGUAUUCAGCACCACCACUCUAGGCGCCCUGGAACGUAUCGAUCUGGCAAGCCUGGACUUGCAUCCCUCACAAAGUGAGGCCAUCCGUGCGAUGCACUACGAAGACGCGACCAAAGUGGCCAUCAAAUUCAAAUACCCUUGGUGGAUUGUUCACUGUGGCAUACGCCGUGGCGGCAUGGGCAUGACGGACUUGCCGAUGCGAAGUUGUGUGUACCCUUCAUACAAUAUCCUCGACGGUCCUGACGGGCCAUCGGUCCUUAUUGCAUCGUAUACACAAGGCCAAGAUGCACGUCGUAUUGCGUCUCUGAUCGGUGCGUCUGCGUCGGAUGGUGAGCCGCUCAUCGAUCUGAUAUUACGGGACCUGGCGACGCUACACGGCCAGCAUGUGACGUAUGACAUGAUCAAGGACGCAUACACUGGCGAGUAUCAUGCCUAUUCGUGGGGAAACGACGGCUAUGCUUCGGGCGCACAUGCAUCUCCUAGUCCUUCACAAGUCAAAAAUCUACUGCCAUUCUUGACGCGGCCCGCCGCACAAGGAAAAUUCCAUAUUGUUGGCGAAGCCUCGAGUCUUCAUCACGGCUGGAUAGUGGGCGCUUUGGACAGUGCCUACAGCGCCGUGAAUCAAUUUUUACGAUUGUACGGUCUGGAGGACGCGAUUGAACAUCUUGAGAAACGCUGGGGUCUGUCUGAUGAAGUUGAAAGUGAGUGUCAGGAGAAGUCGGGAGCACAUUAA